AGGCAGGAGUGAAACGAGCGGCUACGGCAGCGCCGGCCCGCACGCGCGCUGCGGCGGCUCCCUCCCAGCCUCCCCUCCCCUCCCCUCAGUCCCUUUCCCCUUCCCCACCCCGCCCCGCCGGGCCAGCGCAAGCCGUCGCCCGCCCUCGGCAACCGCCCCCAACGGCCGCCCGCGCGCCGCGGGCUGGGCCCCUCGCUCCUCCUCUCAGGCCCCACGGGCGCCGGGCGCUCUCCUCCCCGCGCCUCGUACUCUCACACCUCGCGGGCACGCGGGCGAGCGGCGCCGCCAUGCGCGCCCAGUUCCAGGCUGCACACUGGCCUAGGCGCGGCGGCCCGAGAUAGGGUCCCCUGAGCCUCCCGGGGGAGGAGAGGAGCCAGCCGCGCGCUCCGCCCCCUCCCCCCGGGGUUGCCGGCGCCGCCGCCGCCGCCACCUCGCCGCCUCAGCCAGGCGGGGAGGAGGAGGAGCAGGAGCAGGCCUCCGGACCCCCGCACCACCGCCCGCAGGACAUUUCUGAUUGAUUGCAUCCUUGAAGAGCAUCAGUAGAAGAGGAAAAAAAAGAUGGGUGUGAAAACAUUUACUCACAGCUCCUCUUCCCACAGCCAGGAAAUGCUGGGGAAACUAAAUAUGUUACGAAAUGAUGGACAUUUUUGUGAUAUCACUAUUCGUGUCCAGGAUAAAAUCUUCCGGGCUCAUAAGGUGGUACUAGCAGCUUGCAGUGAUUUCUUUCGCACAAAACUUGUGGGCCAAGCAGAGGAUGAGAACAAAAAUGUGUUGGAUCUUCAUCAUGUUACAGUGACUGGCUUUAUACCUCUUUUAGAAUACGCUUACACAGCCACUCUGUCAAUUAAUACAGAAAAUAUUAUUGAUGUUCUAGCUGCAGCCAGCUAUAUGCAAAUGUUUAGUGUUGCUAGUACCUGUUCAGAGUUCAUGAAAUCAAGUAUUUUGUGGAAUACACCCAAUAGCCAACCAGAAAAGGGUCUAGAUGCUGGGCAAGAAAAUAGUUCUAAUUGCAAUUUUACUUCUCGAGAUGGAAGUAUUUCUCCAGUGUCUUCAGAGUGCAGUGUUGUGGAAAGGACCAUUCCUGUCUGCCGAGAAUCCCGGAGAAAACGCAAAAGCUACAUUGUUAUGUCUCCCGAGAGUCCUGUAAAAUGUAGCACACAAACAAGUUCACCCCAGGUAUUGAAUUCCUCAACUUCCUAUGCAGAUAAUAGAAAUCAGCCAGUUGACUCUUCUUUAGCUUUUCCAUGGACUUUCCCUUUUGGAAUUGAUCGAAGGAUUCAGCCUGAGAAAGCAAAGCAGACAGAAAAUACCCGGACUUUAGAGUUGCCUGGCCCGUCUGAGGCAGGUAGAAGAGUGACUGACUACGUGACUUGUGAGAGCACAAAAGCUACCUUGCCUCUAGGUACAGAAGAAGAUGUGCAGGUCAAAGUAGAAAGAUUAAGUGAUGAGGAAGUCCAUGAGGAAGUGUCCCAGCCUAUCAGUGCAUCUCAGAGCUCACUGAGUGAUCAGCAGACAGUGCCGGGAAGUGAGCCAGUUCAAGAGGACCUUCUGAUUAGUCCACAGUCUUCCUCUAUAGGCUCAGUAGAUGAAGGAGUUACAGAGGGGUUGCCUACACUUCAAAGCACUUCUAGCACCAAUGCUCAUGCAGACGAUGAUGACAGAUUGGAAAAUGUUCAGUAUCCCUACCAACUCUACAUUGCUCCUUCUACCAGCAGUACAGAACGACCAAGUCCAAAUGGUCCAGACAGACCUUUUCAAUGUCCAACCUGUGGGGUUCGAUUCACCCGUAUUCAGAACCUAAAACAGCACAUGCUUAUCCACUCAGGAAUUAAACCAUUUCAGUGUGACCGCUGUGGAAAAAAGUUCACCAGGGCUUACUCGCUAAAGAUGCAUCGCCUAAAGCAUGAAGGUAAACGCUGUUUCCGGUGCCAGAUAUGUAGUGCCACUUUCACUUCCUUCGGGGAAUAUAAACACCAUAUGAGGGUUUCCCGGCACAUUAUCCGCAAGCCUCGGAUUUACGAGUGCAAAACAUGUGGCGCCAUGUUCACCAACUCUGGAAAUUUAAUCGUGCACCUGAGGAGUCUGAACCAUGAAGCAUCAGAGCUAGCAAACUACUUCCAGAGCAGUGAUUUCUUAGUGCCGGACUACUUAAACCAGGAGCAAGAAGAGACUCUUGUUCAGUAUGAUCUUGGAGAAAACACUUUUGAAAGUAACUCUUCUGUUCAAAUGCCUGUGAUUUCACAGGUCUCCUCAACCCAGAAUUGUGAAAGUUCUUUCCCUUUGGGGUCUCUUGGUGGGCUUGCAGAGAAGGAGGAGGAUGUGCAAGACCAGCCAAAGACCAGUGCUCAUGCUGAGGCCACCCAAGAUGACCCCCCAAAGUCAGAGCUGUCUUCUAUAACUAUCGAGUAAUUUUGUGAUUUGGCCUUGGUUUUGGUUUUUGGAAAGUGCCUGUGCUUGGUCUUUAAUGUUUAAAGUUAACUUUUUAAACAAAGAAGGGUACCCUUUGUAAGCCCUGAAAUUGGAGGAUUGCUUUGUUUUUUUGUUUUUUGUUUUUUUCAUAGCUGAGAGAUUGCUUCUGUAUGUAUACAAUAAGGUAACAUUGAAACAGAAUAUAAACUCUGAGAGUUAAAGAGAAGCAGCUGAUUUCAAACAUGGCAAUUCUUCCCAUUGUUAAAUUGGGCAGCAGCAGAUACAGAAGAAACCAGGUUACUGUUGACUUUCCUGAGAUAAGAGGGCUCAUGGGAAGUUAGUAAACAGAAUUUGGCAAUGCCUAAGUAAAUGUUUACUCCUAGAUGCAGGGUGUUAUAAACCCUGUAGUUUUGGAAGUAUUUAUGGUAAUUUUUUCAAAUGAAGGUAAAUAACUUUUGAAAUCCAGCAUAUUCUUUUUUUAAGCCAUUAUAAAUUUUCAUGGUGAAAAAUUGGUAUCGGGCAGGCAUUUCCUGUACCUUUAUAGUACCACUCCAAAGGCUAAGAGGUGUGAUUGAGAGAAGUCAGGCUGUGCAUGGAAUGGCCAGGGUACAGAAUGAGGUAUGUAUACCCCAGCUUUAUAGGAAUUGUUUUAAUACUGUUUUUCUUACUAGAAUGAAUGUUUACCUGGCUAACUAGGACAUUGCCCAGAUAAGUGUCCUAUUGUCCUUCAACAGUACUUUCACUUGCAUAUACUAUUGUGCUGCCAUAUAAAAGAAAAAUAUUGAAGAUAUUCUAUAUUUUAUAUAUAGGUUUAUGUAUUGUUGGGGAUGUUUAUGCUGUGCUGUUUUGGACAAAAUAAAAGAAUUCUGUUUUGAGGCUACAUUCUUAACCCAACUAAGAUUGUUUACAAGAUCACAUAUGACAACAGUACAUUGUUCUUAUUCUAAAAUGGUUUGAGGUAUUGCCAAGUUUGUUAAAAGCGGUUAUAGUUUUCACAGGAUGUAAGCAAUAAUGUGAGAGAUAAGAAGAGGUUGUAAGAUGAUCAUCCGUGACACAGAAAUUGGGGGUUGUUAAAGACUAAAACCCAAAAACUUUGCUACUCAGAUGAUAACAUUUAUAUAAUACCCUAGUUUGGGAUAUACUUUUCUUAUCUGGUGCCACUAAAGCCUCUUCGAUCUGAAAUAUUUAUGAGUCCAUGAAUAAUAAACUUUUGAGUAAUUUUUCUGUAUAGAAAAUCACCCCAAGUUUCAUUAUUAUGAUAGCACCUGAUGGGCUAGAAAAUAGAAACAACAUAUGUUUGUUGUUUGUUUGACUUUGGAUACUUUGUUCUGUUUUGUGACAGGAUCAUAUGUCACCAUAUGACAGGCUGGCCCAGAACUCACGAUCCUCUUGCCUCAGUUCCCUCACAGCUCUUGCUAGCAUUAUAUAUUAUAGACACUCGUCACAUACCCAGAGGAAACUGGAGUCUCUUAGUCAAACACAUGUCUGAAUUUUGUUCCAAUGCCAGACCUUAGUUACUUUUUACAUUAUAGUAGCCUAUUUCUUUAAAAUUUAUUGAUUCUAUAAUUUAGUUUCUUUCUCUUUGUCCAUAUUUUGCUACCUUCUACUUUUUCUUCUUAAUAUUGAGAAUUGGACCCAGGACCUUGGACAGCAUGAGCAUACUAUCUUUCACUGAGACACAACCCUUUCCUUUCUUUCUAGUUUUUCAUCUGACUCACUUGCUCCCAAACAUAGAGAAAAAUCAACUAUGAAAGUCAGUAAUUUUUACUUUACUGCCAAAAAUGAUAUUCUAAAACUCAGAAUCCUAUUUUAGAAUGGCAAAGAUGUGUGUAUAAUUCUUGUGAUCAAGAAUUAUAUUUUUGGUUCCAAGUUUUAUUAUUUUGUUAAGAGUCACAAAAAAGAAGAAGAAGAAUAAAUCAGAGACGAACUGUUGAAUUCUUUUCAGAUUUUUUGGUUGAAAGUGUUUCAGUCUACCCUCUCCUAAGAAUUCUUGAGUUAGGAUGUCCCUGGCAGCCCCCUGUGAAGGACACUCCUCACUAUGAACUUUCAUUGCUGAUGACAAAUCUUGUAGCCAGCCUUUGUGAAAGAUUGGAGUAUACCGUGAAAACACUUGUAGUUAGUUGCCAACUGCCCAAAUAUUUUAUAAAGGUGCCUGACCAGAGUUUAAUAUAAAAUGAUACAAAGGCCUUUUUCUGUUCUAGUGAGAAUCUACAUCUUUGAGGGCAUUUGUUUAUGGGUCUAUAAUAGGAAACACAACUGCAAGAGAUCAUUUUAUAUGUAGUAACAUUUAAUGUUUAUUGAAAGUUGAUGUCAGAAAGAAUGCCUUGAUAAGUACUUUUUACCAGAAUGUAUGGAAAACAUUUUGAAGAGAUGAAAGCCAGUCAUAUGAUCCCUUCCAUAGAAACCACCACGGUAACCAAGCAGAAGAGCAUUCUUGUUUAUAAUAUUUAAGGUAACUAGCUUUCAUAAGGCCUAAGAGUGUAACUUUGUGAUAUUUAAAGGGCUUAAAUUUUAGAAUGAAGGAGAUAUUACUUUUUUUAAAAAAGCUAAGCAUUUUAUACAAAAAAAGCUUUUGUUUUCAGUUUUUUCCCAAUUAUCAAAUGGAUAGGAUGUGUUUGAGGAGUAAGGUUUUUACCAUGGUAUUAGGUCUGGCCCCUCCUGUCACAUUGCAAAUCCAAAUGCAUAUCACUUGUAUAUGCCAGUGAUUCUACUGAUGCAAAGACAAAUUGACCAUGGCUUUUACUUUCUGCUUUUAAACUUUUCAAGAAAUGAAUGUAGAUAAAUGUUGCUAUCCACAAAUGUGUUUGGAUGAAUAUCUCUUAUUUGGCCAUUUUAAGUAGUCCCAAUUUUUAUUUCAAGUAACCACAGUUCAUUAUAUUAACUCGCUUUUGUUUUGGGUUUUUGGAGGGUGGCGUUUGGUUUUAAGUUCACAGUUUUGUUAAAACAAAAUGAACUAAAAUAUUUAAAUGGCCUCAUUUCAGUCUUAAGUUUGAACAUAACUCCCAUUAAAUAGGUUCAAUGUUAAGAUACUUUGUUAUUAAAGACCAACAAACAAAAAUACUUGUAUUUUAUUAAUGUUUUACGAAAUAGAGUGAAGUAAUCAAUGCCUCUGAUGAGCUGAGUCAUUGGUAACCCAGUUACUGUCUAAACUGCUGAGCCAGGCUCUCCUGUUCCCGAAACUGAUCCCAUUCCUAUAGUAAGUCUUUCGCUCCUUUAAGAAAGAAAAAAAAAACUUAUUUUAUUCUAUUAACCUAAUAGGAGCUACUUGUGCAGUUAGUGGCUUCUGUGUUGGUUUAGUCUGUUAGCUGUGAGUUUCCACAAGGUACGUCAUCGUGCAGUGUCAUGGUAGACAGCAGGUCUCUACUAGUGUCACAGGAUUGUUUCUUAGGACGACAGAUGAACGGUCCUGAUAUUUUAACUGAAGAGAUUUUGAUUUGUGGAAGUAGUGAACAGGCAUAUUGGAAAUUUCCAUUGGUACUGCAUCAUCUGCCAAAGGGGCCUUAAAACUCUGAAGUAUACCAUCUGAGUGAAGGAACGAGUUUUGAGCUCUUAACUCGGGGUGGGGAAGAGAUUAGGAAAGCUCACAUACGGAGCAAGCCGCCCAGAGGUGGAGGAGGAAAAUGGGUUCUCAAGGUAAGUUGCUGACAUCAGGGUUUUUUUAUAUUUUCAUAAUUAGUAAGAGAAUGUGUAGAAGCCAGAAGGCACUGGAAGAAUUGGGGGAUCAGAGAGAUUUUAUCAUGGUAAAGACAACUAUGAGGAACAUUUAUAUUUACCACUAAACACGGGUUUUAGGAAAGAUCAUCAAAAUUAAGAUUCCUUAUUUUGCUUUUGUCAUUUUCUGUCAUUCUUGACAGAAUGUAGUGACAUGGAAUUUCUUUUAAAAAAAAUCCUCAGCAAAAUAAAUUUGCCAAAAUGAUAAUAGUUCAAAUAAACAGUAAAGUGGAGCUGAGCCAGUCCUCAUACAGGCUGGGGUAGGCUGUGGGUGUUUCAUUACAUAGAGGUUAAGAUUUUUGCUGUGACCCUGAAGAGUUAAACUAUGCUGAACAAGGAAUUGGCACCAGCUAUCACCAGUAAUAAUAUUUUUAUUUAUUAAUUUAUACUAAUGUGAUAAGUUAGAUGUUUCCCCUAUAUCAUAAUUCUGUCUUUAUAACAGAAAAAGAUAGUUCCAUAGUUUUAGAAAUAGUUGUUGUAGCAAUUUCAGACAGUGCACUGGAGCUUUGGUUUUGGCAACAUCUGGGCAGCGAAGCUAUCUUCAUUUGUUUCUGUGACUUCAUUACACUCUGAGUAAGGCCCAGGCCAGCAGACACCAGGCUUCCUGUACACAACAGUUUACAAAGAACUUAGUUCAGACCAUGGUUGAAAACAUUGAAAUUAAUAUUUUUAUUAAUUAAAAUAUAAAAUUAAAGUUUAAGGUGAAAUUUUCUUUUUAAUUUUAGUGCCUAGUUUAUAUAAAGUCAAGUCCUUUAUUUCUUUAUUAAGUUAACUAGCUUUGCUAAAGCCCUGGGCUCAGUUGUGAUGUCUUACUGGUAAAAUCACUGGUAAUCAUUUGAGGAGCUAUAGUAUCAUGAUUCUUACUAAACUCCUUUGUUUUUUCAAAUGCCAGUCUGACCGUACCUAGAACUUGAAAAGUCAUCGUGUGAAUGAAUGUUGGUUACCAAAUUGCAUCACCUGCUGAGGAGUCGGCCUCCCUGCACUAGGGCGGGUUGUGUUGUCUUCAAGACAGGGAAGCUGUUUUUGUAGUUCUCAUUUCCAGAGAGAGCCUUUUCUGUGACUGGUGUGUGAGCAUGCCUUCUCCAGGAUUGUCAUUUUAGGUAGCAGUUUUCAAGUUGACAGACAUCAAGGGGCGCCUCUCACACUGAGCAUGCACCGCAGUCUUGAAAGGUGCACUGCGCUUCUGCUCCCUGGAGUGACUGGCAUCGGAUAUUUAAAAGUGAAAUCUUAAACUUUGGUUUUUGCUUAUACAGAAUGAUGGCUUCUAAUGUUUAAAGAAACAGCAAUCCCUGAUGGGGUAAAAUUUGGUUUUGACCCAAGUUCCAAUGAUGUAUUUAGUUUGCUGGCACUGGUGUCGCCUGUUGCAUCAGCUAGAUAUUGCCUGCCUCUUUGUUAGGCACCCUUGUGGCACCUUAUGUUCACCUUGAGGGAUAGUAUGUGGCCUCUUGGUGCCUCUACUAUCUUUUCAAAAGCCAUUUUAUAAAAAUCUUAGGUACCCUAUUUUAAUAUUUAAAUAUAUAUAUUUGUGAAAAAUACUUUUAGAAUAGACUUUUUUUUAAACAUUAAAAUUCCUGUAUUCCCAUUUUUAAGAGUAAACUAAAGCUUUUCCAGGCUUAGGAAGUAUCUUUUUUUAGACCCAUAAUAAGAAAGUCAGUUUGAGGUAAGAAACUGGAGAGUUCAAUGAUAGGGAAAAAGAUGUCUGGUGAGGGGAGACAAAUUUAAAGGUGAAAACAAUUGCUUUGAUGUAACAAAGGAAUUUUUAAAAUAAAACUGCGAUUUUGUCUCUAAUUUCGUAUUUGCUGCUACAGUAGCUCACUAUUUUACAGGGCUAAUAUAUGAAUCCGGCCCCCUUUAGAAACUGGAGUCCUUUCUAAUAGAAGCAGCCUGGAAAGAGACUGCACGGGUCUGCCAGACGGUGGCGGAGUGUUCCGUGUAGCUGAUGCAUGCUUUAAUAUUUGCCUGUAGCUGGCAGCACGGAGGUCAGGGAAGCUUCCUACCCUGCCAGCUAGAGCAGUAAUGACUCUUGGGGAACUGGCAUCUGUGAAGCAGGCCAAAGAGGGGACUUCUGAGGAGAAAAUGUGAAUUCAGUUACAUGAACGAGUGUUUCCAUGUCCUCUACCCCUCUCCACUGUGCCAGUCCCCAGCUCACCAGCUUUGUACCAGGUGUCGUCAUCUCAUUCAAGUAUAGCUUUACUUGGUGACAGUGGCCAUAGCUAAACUACUUGGCAUGUUUGACUUCCUACAAAUGGUCUUAAAUUUUAUUUUGUUUGAUUUCCUUUAAAAAAAAUGUAUACAGUGUCAUACAUAACUUCACAUUUUAUAUACUGGUAUCUGGCUAUUAGUAUUUUACAGAAACCAUGGUUCUUGGUGACUACAUAUAUAUAUAUUUUUGUGACUUUUUUGUAAACUAAGUGCCGUUUCAACGUUACAAUCAUUUUUAGAGUUAUUGUAAUCAAUGUGAAUAUCAUGUUUUUUCAAAUCUGUUCUGAGCCUAGUGAUUGCUUUGUGAACAUACGUGUAUUGUAUAUAUUCUGUAUAGUUAAUACUGUACUGAAAUAUUAGCUUGUUUGAUAUGAGAAAAGUAUGUAUUGAGUACUUUUUUGCUGGCCUGAUUGCUUAAUCUUUUUUUAAAAAAGAUUUAAACUUUUUUUUUUUAAUCUUUAAACUGGCCUUUAUUACAUGAUCACAAAUAAAGUUGCAGUUAGAAGGGAUGGACAGGUAAAAAUUAAUCUUGAGUGUUUUGGAUAGAAACAUGAAACAAAGAUUGUUUUUUCUUUUUCAUCAUUAAAAUGUCUUACUGGUGUUUUAUGAAAGAAGUUUUCCUGCUGUUGUCAUUGACUGCUGACUAGAAGGAGGACCUGGUUACUGAGUAUGUGCAGUCUAGAGACGUUUACACUGCACCACACCUGUCAUCUGCCCGGGUGCAGAUCCUAUCGUACCAUGUUCA